CCUUUAUCAAGAGUAGAGGCUUCUAAUUCCUGAGGUGAAAUCCUCUUAGGAUCUGUGCUCUAUUUCUGUUUGGUCUAUAGGGUCCUUUUGGAAAUCUCCAUUAGACACAAGCUCAUUGGCUGGAAAAGACACACGCAUGCACACAAAAACACACACCAUCCAGCAACAGAUAGCUCAGUGUCGACCAGAGCAAGGUUAGCUACUCAUACGAAGGGACGACUUCACUGUGACUGGGGAGGUAGCUAACCAGAAAAAAUGUCUGACAGGCUGAAUGAUUUGGAUGCGAAUGUGACCCACACAGGUCCAAAAGGAGUCAUCAAUGACUGGAGGAGGUUUAAGCUGGAAAGUAUGGACCAGGACAACUUGCCACCUGCGAAAAGGGAACUGCUCAGACAGAUGUCAUCUCCUCACAAGGGAAGAGACGACUCCAGAUCAAACAUCAACCGCAAGAUGAGUGUCCAAGAGUAUGAGCUGCUUAAGGAGGAGGAUGAAGGCUGUCUAAAGAAAUACAGACGGAGGUGCAUGCAGGAGAUGCACGAUAAGCUCAGCUUUGGGCCCAGGUUUGAAGGUGUGCAUGACCUGGACAGUGGAGAGGCCUUCCUGGAGGUCAUCGAAAAGGAGCAUCACACCACAGUGGUGGUUGUCCACAUCUACAAAGUCGGGGUCAAAGGUUGUGAGGAGCUCAACAACUGCCUCGACUGCCUGGCCACCGAGUACCCCACUGUGAAGUUCUGCAGGAUCGAUGCUGUUGAGUCCGGUGCUGCCGAGCGGUUCUCAGAUGAUGUUUUGCCUACGCUGCUGGUUUACAAGGCGGGAGAACUACUGGGGAACUUCCUGGCCUGCAUGCAGCACCUAAACGAGGAGUUCUUCGCCACUGAUGUGGAGGCUUUCCUCAACAGCUACGGCCUGUUGCCAGAGAAAGAGAUGCCUGGUGCGGAAGAUGAAGAGGAAAACAAUGUAGAAUAAACAAUGAGUUUUGGCUGCGGAGGAGGAGGAAAGGAAACUGUCUGGGAUAGAGAGCUAUGACAGACAAGUUAUUAUCUCUGCUAGUUUAAAAGACUGUAUAUAAAAAUGAACGACAUGACUGUUCCCAAAAAGGGAAGCCAAACCAUUUAGAUUGCCACCUGGUGGCUGCAGUGCAGGUCAGCAAUCUCGCAUCCUCCAUGUCAGCAGAUGGGACAAGGACCAAAUUAAAAAGUAAAAGUAAACAUGAAAUACAUUUUUCUCUAAAAUGGUUUCUGUAAUUUCAGGUUGUUUUUAUCACAGACCAACUGGUCAAUUAGUCAUGAGCGUUUAGCAGCUAGACCUCGUUACCGCGAUUCCACCCCUGAUGCUAUUGCACAGACUCUGGCUCCAUAUGUGCAAGAUGGCAGCGUUCAUAUUUGGGAUAUUCUGGCAGAAGUGGAGACGUAUCGUUCAUCUUCAUAUACAGUCUAUUACUCACUGGUUUUUAGGGCUGUCCUUUAAAGGAGACAUUUUACAUCAAGUUGGUGCUCUCAAAUGUGGGUGUGGAUAAGUUGAGGAGGUACAGGUUUUGUUUUUAAAGAAAUACAGUAUAUCACAAAUCCCCCUCAUCACCCCAAAAAACAAACCAGCUGUAACUAUAACAGAGAUGUUUUAUGUUUUAUUUUGUAACGUUAGGAAACAUUGCCUGCUGUAUUUACUUGUAAAAAAUGUUUCAUGGACUUUUUUGUAGCGUUUGAUUGGAUCUGUACACAAGUUAUUUACAAAUCCAGAAUCCGUACAAAGUGACAGUGUACUCAUGUGAUAGAAUGUUUAAACAUAUGUAUACUUAAGGUUUUUGCCAAAGUUUUAAGAAAUCAGAGGUUAAUAGAACAGGGACUCGUAGGAGUGAAGGAGCCGAAACAUCUGGAAACACUUUCUGGAAACACAUCUUCCAGCUGUUCGGUCCAACAUAACCUACACUAGCUUCCUCAGCCAAUGUGGAAAAAAAAUAUCAAUGAGCCUCUGUUAUUUUAACAUCAUCAGAGAGUGAAGAGUUCAAUAGACAAAUGAAAACAUAAGUUUUCUUAGUGUGGUGUGACUCAGCAACAAUUCAUUGACGCAGCACAACGGUCAAUAUUGUUGUAAGGAUGAUUACUAUUUAAAACUGUGUACUGGAAUAUGAUGAAUCAUAGCCUAAUAUACAUGUUGUCCACAAUAGAAGAAGAAUAAAAUUAUA